AUGGCCGAGGCAGGUCGUAGCGGAGAGCAGCAGGGACCAGAUUAUGGAGGGCUAAGUGAGCAGGCAGAGGGUGUGGAAUUUCAGGAAGGGCUUCCCCCCACAGCUCCUCUCUUGCCUCACUCUGAUCCCGGCCCCGGGAGGGCAGCCUCUGCUCACAACCACUCAGAAAAGGUGGCCAUCAAGAUCCUGGAUAAGACCAAGUUAGACCAGAAAACCCAAAGGCUACUAUCCCGCGAAAUCUCCAGCAUGGAAAAACUGCACCAUCCCAACAUCAUCCGCCUUUAUGAGGUCGUGGAGACUCUAUCCAAGCUCCACCUGGUGAUGGAGUAUGCAGGGGGAGGGGAGCUCUUUGGGAAGAUCAGCACGGAAGGGAAGUUCUCAGAACCAGAAAGCAAACUCAUCUUCUCCCAGAUUGUGUCUGCCGUGAAGCAUAUGCAUGAAAACCAAAUUAUUCACAGAGAUCUGAAAGCAGAAAAUGUGUUCUAUACCAAUAAUACUUGUGUGAAGGUGGGCGACUUUGGAUUCAGCACAGUCAGUAAAAAAGGUGAAAUGCUGAACACUUUCUGUGGGUCUCCACCCUAUGCGGCGCCUGAACUUUUUCGAGAUGAGCACUACGUUGGCGUUUAUGUGGACAUCUGGGCCUUGGGGGUGCUUCUCUACUUCAUGGUGACUGGCACCAUGCCAUUUCGGGCAGAGACGGUGGCCAAACUGAAGAAGAGCAUCCUGGAAGGCACCUUCAGUGUGCCUCCGCACGUGUCAGAGCCCUGCCUCCGCCUCAUCCGGGGAGUCCUCCAGCCAGUACCUACGGAGAGGUACGGAAUCGACUCCAUCAUGAACAAUGAGUGGAUGCAAGGGGUGCCAUACCCCACCCCUUUGGAGCCUUUCCAGCUAGAUCCCAAACAUUUGUCAGAGACCAGCAGCCUCAAAGAAGAAGAAAAUGAGGUCAAAAGCACUUUAGAACACUUGGGCAUUACGGAAGAGCACAUUCGCAAUAACCAAGGGAGAGAUGCCCGAAGCUCCAUCACAGGGGUCUAUCGAAUUAUUCUGCAUAGAGUCCAAAAGAAAAAGGCUUUGGAAAGUGUUCCAAUAAUGAUACUACCAGAUCCUAAAGACAAGGACCUAAAGAAAGGAUCCCGUGUUUAUAGAGGCAUAAGACACACAUCCAAAUUUUGUUCAAUUUUAUAAAUUGCGUUAGACUGCUGGUAAUUAACUAAGAUCGUUGUUGCUGCUUUUAAAUUUUUUUCACCAACUUGAGUGGAGACUUUUUGUAAUUUUUAAAUAAAUUUAAAUUGAAGAUAUGCA